AUGCCUCGUCAGAUCGCACCGCCGCCGUCAGGCGAAUCGUUCACCGUCCGCUUGAGCAAGCCGUUCUCUGGCACACCUACACACGUGGUGGAAAUCAUCGGUGAACCCAACCGUCCGGCCACUGUCAAGAUCACACAAAAGAGCGGCAACUCAAGUUCGACCGAGAAAUCCGGUGACGUUCCCAAAGACGAUGUCAAAGAGCUUAUUAGCCUCAUCUCCGCGGUCCGUGGCUUCCCAAGUCAUCCCUCCAAGGACGUCUACGGCUUCGAUACGAAGCUCGACUUCAACACUUUCGAGAUCCAGUGGUCGAAUGAGGACGAUGAUGCUGCUGCCAACGAGGUCACUGAGAUCGCUGCUGAGACCAAGGACGAGUUCAAGCGUGUCGCAGAUAGCGUUGAGGCAUUGAGCAGGACGUUUGCCAAGGAUGCGGCUAUCUAA